AUUAUGUUUUAUCAAUCAAAUGAGGCAGCUGCAAGCUCUGUAGUUUAUCUUCAACACUUGUGACCUCUAUAGAUUUGAUUUCAGCAUCUUUGUUCUCAUCAACUAUUUUAGGUGUCGAGUUUGUUGAUUUAGUCGUACAAAUCUAAAAAAUGUAGAAGAUAUGAUGGAAAGCAUAGAGUAAUGACGGUGCACUCCAUAACAGCAGAUAAGAAACUCCGACGGGAAUGCAUAAGGCGGAAUUACAAAAAAAGGGUCUAUCAAAAAUACAUAUUACUUUUGGACAAAGGGUGGAGGUUGGUAAUGACGACACGAUGAGUCCACGCCUAGAAAAGGAAAAGAAAUAUCAAUCAAAUUAAAGAAACAAAUGAUGCGCCCCAACAAAGUUUAUCAUCGCCUCUCUCUCCUCUCCCUCUCUCUUUUACCUCCUUCUCUCUCCCCUAACCUCAACCUAAACGCCCGAUUCCCUUCUUCGUCCAUCCGUACACCUGCCCACCUCAGAACUCAUUCUCGAAACGCCUCUAAACCAUCCAUGGUCGCCUCCCGAUUCCCCUACCUCGUUCCCGUCAGCUCUGUUUUCGCUAGAGAGGGCACCCCCGGCGGUGGCUCUGCGAACACUUCCGUUACUUUCACCGAAGAAGACGAUGAGAAUGUUGCAAUCGGAGUUAAAUAUCGUCUUCCGCCACUGGAAAUUAGAGAUAUUGUUGAUGCUCCGCCGCUCCCCGCGCUGUCAUUUUCACCGCUAAGGGAUAAAAUUCUUUUUCUCAAGCGGAGAUCUUUGCCUCCGCUGGCAGAGCUAGCAAGACCAGAGGAAAAGCUUGCUGGUAUUCGAAUUGAUGGGAAAUGCAACACGAGGAGCCGAAUGUCUUUCUACACUGGUAUAGGAAUCCAUCAACUAAUGCCUGAUGGCUCCUUGGGACCGGAAAAAGAGGUUAGAGGAUUCCCUGAUGGUGCUAAGAUUAAUUUUGUUACUUGGUCAAAUGAUGGUGUACAUUUAGCCUUUAGUGUUCGUGUUGAGGAAGAGGAGAGUAGCAGUAGUAAGCUUAGAGUGUGGGUUGCUGAUGUGGAAACUGGAACAGCUAGGCCGCUGUUUCAGUCACCGGAUAUUUAUCUGAAUGCAGUGUUUGAUAAUUAUGUCUGGGUGGAUGACUCUACCCUCUUAGUUUGUACUAUUCCUUUGUCCCGUGGAGACCCACCAAAGAAACCUUUGGUUCCUUCUGGCCCCAAGAUUCAAUCCAAUGAGCAGAAAAAUGUCAUUCAACUUAGAACAUUCCAGGAUUUGCUGAAGGAUGAGUAUGAUGAGGAUUUAUUUGAUUACUAUGCCACCUCUCAGCUUGUUUUGGCUUCUUUGGAUGGUACAGUGAAGGAGAUUGGUACACCAGCUGUUUACACAUCUAUGGAUCCUUCCCCUGAUGAGAAGUACCUUUUGAUUAGUUCGAUUCAUAGGCCAUAUUCUUUUAUUGUACCAUGUGGAAGGUUCCCCAAGAAAGUGGAUGUGUGGACAACUGAUGGGAAAUUUGUUAGAGAACUCUGUGACUUGCCCCUUGCAGAGGACAUUCCUAUUGCAUUCAAUAGUGUGCGAAAAGGGAUGAGGUCAAUCAAUUGGAGAGCAGAUAAGCCUUCUACUAUAUACUGGGCAGAGACACAAGAUGGAGGCGAUGCGAAAGUGGAAGUUUCGCCACGUGAUAUAAUUUAUACACAGCCUGCAGAACCACAAGAAGGUGAACAGCCAAAAAUCUUACACAUACUUGAUCUUCGCUAUGGAGGGAUUUCAUGGUGUGAUGAUUCACUUGCUCUGGUCUACGAGUCGUGGUACAAGACGCGUCGAACAAGAACCUGGGUGAUAUCUCCUGGAUCAAAAGAUGUGAGUCCUCGCAUACUUUUUGAUAGGUCAUCUGAGGAUGUGUACUCUGAUCCUGGUUCUCCCAUGCUCAGGAGAACCCCUGCUGGGACUUAUGUGAUAGCCAAACUAAGGAAGGAAAACGAUGAAGGAGCGAAUAUUUUGCUGAAUGGAAAUGGUGCUACGCCAGAGGGGAACAUCCCCUUCCUUGAUUUGUUUGACAUAAAUACAGGCAGCAAAGAACGAAUAUGGGAGAGUGACAAGGAAAAGUAUUAUGAGGGCGUUGUUGCUUUGAUGUCUGAUGAGAAAGAAGGGGAUAUAUGCAUUAACGACCUGAAGAUACUUACUUCUAAAGAGUCAAAAACUGAGAAUACCCAAUAUUACAUUCAAAGUUGGCCAGAUAGGAAAUUAUGUCAGAUCACGGACUUCCCUCAUCCAUAUCCACAGUUGGCAUCAUUGCAGAAAGAGAUGGUUAGAUACCAGAGAAAGGAUGGGGUUCAACUUACUGCAACAUUGUACUUGCCACCAGGCUAUGAUCCGUCAAAAGAGGGCCCUCUUCCAUGUUUGGUUUGGUCUUACCCAGGGGAAUUUAAAAGCAAAGAUGCAGCUGGACAAGUUCGCGGUUCUCCUAAUGAGUUUGCUGGCAUAGGUCCAACAUCAGCUCUCCUUUGGCUUGCUAGAAGAUUCGCUAUUUUAUCUGGGCCAACAAUCCCAAUUAUUGGUGAAGGGGAUGAAGAAGCAAAUGAUAGGUAUGUAGAGCAACUGGUUUCAAGUGCAGAGGCAGCUGUUGAGGAAGUUAUUCGACGUGGAGUAGCUCAUCCUAACAAAAUUGCUGUUGGGGGACAUUCCUAUGGAGCAUUCAUGACGGCAAACCUUCUGGUGCAUGCUCCUCACCUUUUCUGUUGUGGGAUUGCUCGGUCUGGAGCUUACAACAGAACCCUUACACCCUUCGGUUUUCAGAAUGAGGAUAGAACUCUUUGGGAGGCAACUAAUACCUAUGUAGAGAUGAGCCCAUUAAUGUCUGCAAAUAAAAUCAAGAAGCCAAUCUUGCUUAUCCAUGGAGAAGAAGACAAUAACCCUGGAACACUAACCAUGCAGUCAGAUCGUUUCUUCAAUGCUCUAAAGGGCCAUGGAGCUCUUUGUCGCCUUGUCAUUCUACCCUUUGAGAGCCAUGGCUAUGCUGCUCGAGAAAGUAUCAUGCAUGUCCUCUGGGAAACUGAUAGAUGGCUUCAAAAGCAUUGUGUAUCAAACACUUCUGAAGUGAGUGCAGAUAUUGAUACGAGCAAAGAUGGAGCAAGCAAUGAAGUUGCCAAGUCUGAAAAGAAAGCAGUUGGUGCCAGUGGAGGCAGUGCUGCAGAGCUGACAGAUGAUUUUGAAAGUGAACAGCUCCAUUCAAAGCCAACGUUAUUAAUGUGAUCACAUUCCUGAGUUUUGGCCUCCGAGAACUGAAAUUGGACUGACGGUGAUUGGUAGCAAAACAGCAAAUACCAUAAAUUUCAAUGCAUCAAUUUUAAUAAUCCUAGAUAAUUGUUGUCAACAUCAUAUACUACUGCAACCCCUGAAUGCCGAUUAGUUGGAAACUUUAAAGCACAGUUACCUGGCAGAUGGCCUAUGUGAUCUACAACCACGUAAACAUGGUGCUUAUUUUCCUAUCUUCCCCACUUUCUCAUUUGAAGCGUAUUAAUACACAUUAGCCGAUCAAAUUUAGUUGGCAAACUCUGAAACUCGAAAUUUGAAUAUUGUGGGAUCUUAAGCAAAUUGUGAGAAAUUAGAAUGACCUAUUUAUUACUCUUUUAUCUUAGGUUGGUUGUUUAAGUUGCAAAACUAUUAGAUUAUGUUUGAUGUAUAUGAUGAUGGAUAAAACAGGAUGAUAUAAGGAAGGGCAGUGGAAUUCAGGUGGCCACUUUAUGGAAGCAGCUUGGCCCCUUGAUGACACUUAAGGCAUGAUAUACCCUGAGAAGAACAAAAUUGUGGAGGUCAUUUUGCAGAUGAUAACUCCUGUAACAUUGCUAAAUGUGACUGGUUUAUUUGCGUACAGGAUAGAUGGUCAUCCAUCAAUAUGGGAAAAAAAUCGGGGAAUAGCUACUCUUCCAACAUUCAAGAUUGCAGCCAUAGGUGUCUUCCUGGUGUUCAAGAUACAUGGAAUUAAAAUUUGUAUUUCCAUUUGCAAUCCAAACAAAAGUCCCAAGUAUCACUCAAAAAUUCGAUCGUGAUCCUCAGCCAUCAGCAUGUAUAUUCUUUCAAUUCUUUCAGCUUGUGA